AAAAGCUUCACUUGGGAGCUUUACUUACGGUCAAUCGAAUUAAACCGUAUAUGUUCGACCGGUGGCGUAGAUGUUUGUGCCCUUGUUUCAUGAAGCUGUGGUUAAUUGCUAUUUUUUUAGCUUGAGGUGAAACAUAAUACAGAAUCACCACAAUGAGUAAUAAAAAACCAAUGGUGAAGCUUGAGAUAAACGGCAAACCCUGUAUGUACAACAGGGAGGGUGUUUUAAAAUGGGCAGACGUUGAUAUCGACAUAGAAGAAAAUUCCUUUAGUAUUUCUAGCGAAGAGGAUUCUGCCUCCGAUUGCGACAGCGAGCAAAGGUCCAGGCCAAUACCCGUCCAGGAAAUAUGGAAUCCAGAAGACAUAUGGAAUGAAUUAAUGACACUUCCAGACGCUGACGAACUAAGCACUUCUAUUUUGAACGAUGAUGAAAAGGGCAUGGCAGAGAAAAAUAAGACAACUGCGUUACUUCUUUGCUCUUGGUUUGGAAAAGUAAAUUUAAUGAAAAUGCUUCUGCAGGACGGAGUUUCGGCAAAUGUGGUAGAUCGUCAAAAAAGAUCAGCUUUACAUUUCGCAUCUUAUGCCGGUCAUGCCGAAUGCGUAGAACUCCUUAUCCUGUACGGAGCAGACGUGAAUUCGUGGGAACAAAAGAAGGGUGUUACACCACUGCAUUGCGCAGCAAGUAUGGGCCAUUUAAACUGUUUGAGAAUCCUUAUCCAACAUGGGUCCAGAGUAAAUGAAGGACUAGAGAAAAGGAGCCCGUUGCAUUAUGCUGUUCAAAAUUUGGCAUCAGAUUGCAUUAAAGAGUUAUUGGAGAAUGGGGCCAUACCUAACACACCACAGGUAUACAGCGAAACGCCCCUUCACGUCGCUUCGACUUUGGGUAACUCGUCGGCUAUUAAACUACUGCUUCAGUACGGAGCGGCGGUAAACGUGCAAAGUGGCCGCGAAAAGCUGACUCCUCUUCAUUUGGCCUCAGAACAAGGUGACGUCGAAUCUACCCGUUUGCUCAUCGAAGCGGGGGCUGCUUUGAAUUCAAUAAAUGCAAAGCAUCAAACACCAUUGCAUUUGGCGGCAUUGUCGCAAUGUUCGGAAACAUUGAAUUUGUUGCUAACGAAAGGCGCAAAUCCAAAUGCUCCCGAUAUCGAUGGUCGCACACCUUUACACUGUUCUACAGUUAACGUUCAAAGAUCCUGCGAAUGCGUACGCCUUCUCCUAUCUGCUGGAGCAGAUCCCAACCGCUCCGACAUCUUUGGCUACACCCCGAUGCAUUUGGCGGCCCUAAACGAAUUCUCCAACUGUAUUAUUUUAUUUCUGCAAUAUGGCGGGGAUGUCACGGCCAAGACGAAAGGCGGGGUUACUGUACUAAAUUUUAUCAUUAAGAAGACACCGGAAGUGAUCCCGAAGUACAUUGCCAGGUUCGACAAUUCGAUACGGCUCAACGAACACGAUCUGGGUGACGUGGAUUGUCAGUUGAAACUCGACCUGCGAAUUCUGGUACCGAGAAUGGGAAAUCAAGAAACCUCUUUGCUGGUCAACUUCAUCGAAGUGGGACAUAAGGAAAUAUUGCAACACCCGUUGUGCGAAACUUUCCUUCAUCUCAAGUGGCGCCAAAUUCGAAAAUUUUUCACUUUCAGUCUGGUUUACCACGCCCUUUUCGUCGUCCUCUUUUCAGCGUACAUCAUCGGCGUAUAUUUAAAAUUUUGCCCGUCAUUUAGAAAGGCGAACGUGGUAUCCGCUUGCGACGCGGGGGACGAAGUGAUCCUUGUAGGUUACCUUGUACUUUUCCUAAACACCCUCCUACUUUUCAAGGAAUGUUUUCAAAUUUUACACAGCUGGAGAGUUUACGUGAGGGAAUGGGAAAAUUGGCUUCAAUGGGCCAUCAUAGUAAGCGUUUAUUGUUGUGUGCAACCACUUUAUCAGAUGAACAUCAGGGAAUACGUUUACACUUGGCAACAUCAUGUCGCUGCAAUUGGUAUUUUUUUAGCGUGGGUCGAAUUGAUGAUGAACGUGGGCCGAUUCCCGACGUUUGGACUGUACAUACAGAUGUUCACUAGGGUCUCGAUUAAUUUCUCCAAAUUUAUGUUGGCCUAUUUUUGCCUGUUUAUCGCUUUUUCGCUCAGUUUUGGCGUCAUAUUUCCCAAUUACCCCGCAUUCAAGGAUCUAAAGUGGGUGUUGAUUAAGGUCAUCAUCAUGAUGUCCGGCGAGCUGGAAUACGAAGACGUAUUGUUCGGUAAUGUCGAGGUAAAAUAUCCGUAUACCGCUCAUUUGGCAUACCUCAUUUUCGUUUUGCUGGUGACGGUAAUUUUAACAAAUCUGUUAGUCGGUCUGGCAGUUAGUGAUAUUCAGGGUCUUCAGAAAACCGCCGAUCUGGAAAGGUUGGUGCGUCAAGCAACUUUAAUUGCGCAUUUGGAAAGUAUGCUGUUUUCGAAACUGCUAAGAUGGGUGCCGCCGAAAGUUAUGCUCAUUUUACACAAGAACGCUCUCUUAUUAAAAUCUCAACGAGAUUUUACUUUGGACAUCAGACCAAACGAUCCGAGGGAGGACAAACUGCCGAAGCACUUAAUCGAGGGUGCGUACGGGUUGGUUUUGUCGAGAAAGGACAGAUCUAAACGAAAAUCUUUAAAAAAAUAUGUAUACUCUCCCCCGUCUUCGAGAGCCAGCAUUCGAAGGUAUGGUUCGUUGAAGAAGGAGUACAAGUUUCGUGAUGAUCAGGAAUCGGGGUUUGGAAGUAAAUAACACCAUUUUUCCGAUUUAAGUAGGGAGAGAGGGUUGCCGCGAAGUGAUUGUACCCCAAAGCAAUGCAAUAUAUUUUUACGGAAGCAGUGUACGUGAUUUUUGUAUUAUUCGCCAAAAGCGUUUUGGCUAGAAUUUUUUGUAUCCUCGUCGGCAGGUUUUUUUUAAACUUUUCGGAUAUACUAUACUCGCCACACCAUAGGCCAUGUCCCCCGUCAGGGUAGCAGAGAUAUAUAUUUUUUUUAAUCUUAAUAAAUUUGCUGACAUGCUAAAGUAACAAUUCAUGGGAAAUUAGUUCCUUUUCGAAAGUGAUCUGGAUUAUUUCCAUUUGUUAUUUGUGACGGUGUUGUCAUGUUAUGUGUAACUAUUCAGCGGAACCAACUGGUCAAAGACUAAUAAUAAAAUAUUUACUACUAUACUGCAGAAAUUAUUAUUUUUCAACCCAGUUUAUGAUGAUGAAUUUAUACAAGACUUAAUUAAACCAAAUAAAAUCAUCUCUCGAGAGCCAAAAGCAAUAAUGUAACUGGUUUAUAUAUUAGUUGCAAAUUAGUAAAAAUGGGAAAACUGACGAAAACAUACCUUAUAACUCAGGAAAUAAUGAAAACAGAGUACCAAUACGCGUUUCCCUACUGUCUAAACGAUUUUUUAACCCACCAGCAAAAAAUAUUAAUUUUUACGGAGGUGAUUCGAAUCGUAAUAGUAUAUUACGCGGUAAACAGCAUUUGACUCACGAGUUUAUUUGACACGAGCGGAGCGACUUUUUAAUAAACGAGUGAGUUAAAAAGUUUACCGAACGUGUUGCUUACUAUACUUUUUCUACGACCGUUUAGUUUUUGGGUACAUUUUCGCAAAACAACGCAAAUACAUUCACUGACAUGACCGUCAGAAUUGACAAAUGUCAAAAUUCAAAGCGUGGUAAAAUCCCGGAAAUGUCCGAAGUGGCUCGGAUUCG